AUGGAGAAAGGCCAAAGGCGGAAACGUAACUUCAGAAAACUUUUCCAUGGAACAGUGGGACGGUUAAAACCACGAGGAAUGGCAACGUUGGACAUGUACUCCGCUUCUAAAAGUGUCUUUAUUGAAAAAGGUACUAAACUUAAAUUAAAAGUUGCUUUGUAGCCGAUUAUACUCUUAAAUGUUAUAUUUUACGCUGGAAGAGAUUUUUUACCCCGCGAGCAGCAAGAUCGAAGGGCCUCUGCUCGCAGGGUAAGAUUUUUAUGAAGCCUGCGGACAGCCGGAUUACAGCGCCGCAGUUACGAGGAACAAGUUUGAUUCCACAUCAUAGACAAUAAUUAUUCUUUGUUUCUUUCCUUAUUUUUUCGAAGACAGUUUUGUGGGAGUUGUUCUCCUAGCGCUUCUGUCAUUUUCUCUCGCAACGAAAACUUCUGUAUACUGACAAUAAAAAAACCUUCUGAAACUUCAAGGGGAACUCGGGCGGUGGGGAGGGGUUGGGGGGACCUUUUCUUAGACAGACCCGACUUUUUUUAAAAUUCUACAUCGGUUUGUUUACAGGCUGUUUCCUCGACAACAUCAUAGGUCUUGUGACUCCGAUCGUGAAGGGUGACACCCUCGAUUCACUUUCAUUAUUUUUUAAAGCUUAUUUGAAAUUAUUUGGUAAGUGGUAUAACUUUUACCUUAAGUUGUUCAAAAAUAAUUGAGAAUGGCUCUUUGUUAUCUCAGGGUUGUUUAACCGGCUUAUUGUGUAGUUUUGCACAUUUACGGCGUCAGAAUUAACCAGUUCACUGGUAUUAUGAGAUGUGAGGGCAGAGGCACCCAACUUCGGUGUCCUCCUAAAUGCAUUAAACACACUUUUUAGGCUAUCCAGAGUACUUUUAGAUCUCUAGAAAUACAUUCUAAUCGGCGCUAUAAAAUUUGUAUUUGUUCGGUCAUCCUAGAGCGACUUGAGUCUUUUCGAAAUUACAUGAGCUUCAGUAUUAUUUUCCUGAAAAUUGUAGAUACAAUUUAAAGUUUUACGAAAGUGAGGAUAUUUCUUAUUCCUCUCUCGUACAGCGUUAACUACCUUUUAUUAAAACAACUGCCUUAAUUAGGAUCCCAGGAAUGAUUCGUUCCCACCCUGGGUUGUCAUAUAACUGACCGGGUAACAAGAAGAUCUAUGUCACGUGGCGUUGAAAUCGAGAAGACUGGAACCAAUGUUCAAAAUGGCGGACAGGGCAGGCGAAAUGUGCAGACGAAACCUUGGAUUUCAACCAUCUAA